AUGUCGUCCUAUCUCGAAAGACAGGCGAACGCCUUCAAGGGCACGCUCUCCUCCGCCGCAACCAAGAUUUCGAACCCAUCCACCCAGAAGGCCUCAACUCUUGCGCCGCCAGCACCCGCCCCGGCUUCGCCCUCUCCUUCAGCUGCAUCCGACCCUAAUACCCCAUCGGCCAAGCGAAAACGGGAUGUAGCGCCCGAUGUGCCUUAUUCGCAGCCCCAGCUUACGGGCUACGGUGCCGAGGUCAAGACGCAAAUGACAUUUGCUGUCGAUUAUCUAAAAAAGAAGGGCGACACGAAAACCAUCACUGAAAUUAUCGACCAUCUGAGUUUGAGAGGCUAUGACGAAGAGCACAAGCGUCAACUGGCGGAAGGACUACGAGGUCACCCUCGAGUCGACUGGAAGCCUGACGGAAACCUGAGCGAACAGACCUGGCAAACAGGCCUCUACUCCCACCGACCUAUCAUCCCCGGUGUCAAGAACGCAACCACACUCCUAGGCCAUUUGCAAGCAAAGACAGAUGCUUCAGGGGUCUCGGUCAAGGAUCUCAAGGACGGCUGGCCCGACUGCGAAGACACGAUAUCAGCACUGGAACGCGAGCACAAAAUCCUGGUAGUGCGCACUAAGAAGGACAACCUCCCGCGAUACGUGUGGCCCAACGACGCCUCGCUGCACCACAAAGUCCAGCCCGAGUUCCAGAGCAUGUGGCAGCGCGUCCAGCUACCGCCCGUCGACGAGAUGCACCGCAAGCUUGUCAGUGUGGGUCAAAAGCCUACGAGUGAAGACCCGCGCAAGGCGAAAGACGGACAGGCCAACAAGCCCAAGACUCAGAAGAGGCGCAAGGGCAACAGGAUCGGAAAGGCGACCAAUGUGCACAUGGCGCAUCUUAUGCAAGAUUACAGUGGUAUGCGACGAUAA